UGCCGCAUCCCCCAGCGCCCUCGCCCGCCUCGCCGGACCUCAGCGGAGCUGCGGCUGGAAGAGCGGCGCCGCGGCGGACUCCGCGGGGCUGGCUCCGCGUACCCGCCCACCUCCCCGCACCCUGGGACCGGUCCAACGGGCGCUCCUCCAAGCGGAGCCUUGGAGGGCAAGGCCGGCACCAUUACCUCCAACGAGUGGGGCUCUCCCAACUCCCCCGAGGGGAGCAACGUCUCUGGGGGCAGCCAGGCCUUGGACAAGCCCAUCGACAAUGACGCGGAGGGCGUGUGGAGCCCCGACAUUGAGCAGAGCUUCCAGGAGGCCCUGGCCAUCUACCCACCCUGCGGUCGGCGCAAGAUCAUCCUGUCGGAUGAAGGCAAGAUGUAUGGUCGGAACGAGCUGAUCGCCCGCUACAUCAAGCUCCGGACAGGGAAGACCCGCACCAGGAAGCAGGUGUCCAGCCACAUCCAGGUGCUGGCUCGGCGAAAAGCCCGUGAGAUCCAGGCCAAGCUAAAGGCACUGAAUUUGGAUCAGGCAGCUAAGGACAAGGCCCUGCAGAGCAUGGCUGCCAUGUCGUCCGCCCAGAUCAUCUCCGCCGCAGCCUUCCACAGUAAAAUGACCCUCACCCGGGGCCCAGGCUACCCAGCGGUCUCAGGGUUUUGGCAAGGAGCUCUGCCAGGCCAAGCCGGAACGUCCCACGAUGUGAAACCUUUCUCCCAGCAAACCUACACUGUCCAGCCGUCACUGCCUCUGCCAGGGUUCGAGUCUCCGGCAGGACCUGCCCCGUCGCCCUCUGCGCCCCCCGCACCCCCGUGGCAGGGCCGCAGCGUGGCCAGCUCCAAGCUCUGGAUGUUGGAGUUCUCUGCCUUCUUGGAGCGGCAGCAGGACCCCGAUACGUACAACAAGCACCUGUUCGUGCACAUCGGCCAGUCGAGCCCCAGCUACAGCGACCCCUACCUCGAAGCCGUGGACAUCCACCAGAUCUACGACAAGUUCCCCGAGAAGAAGGGCGGCCUCAAGGAGCUCUUUGAACGUGGACCCUCCAACGCCUUUUUCCUCGUGAAGUUCUGGGCAGACCUCAACACCAACAUGGAGGACGAGGGCAGCUCCUUCUACGGGGUGUCCAGCCAGUACGAGAGCCCCGAGAACAUGGUCAUCACCUGCUCCACCAAGGUGUGCUCCUUCGGCAAGCAGGUGGUGGAGAAAGUAGAGACCGAGUGCGCGCGCUACGAGAACGGCCACUACUCCUACCGCAUCCACCGCUCCCCGCUCUGCGAGUACAUGGUCAACUUCAUCCACAAGCUCAGGCACCUGCCCGAGAAGCACAUGAUGAACAGUGUGCUGGAGAACUUCACCAUCCUGCAGGUGGUCACCAACAGAGACACCCAGGAGACCCUGCUGUGCGUCGCGUACGUCUUCGAGGUGUCAGCGAGCGAGCGCGGGGCUCAGCACCACAUCUACCGGCUGGUGAAGGAGUAGAGACCAGGGACAGGGAGGGGGUGACAUCACGUGUGCAGGGACGAGGGGAGGGGCCCCAUGGGGCAACCCCCGAAGCACCGAGAGUUGAGGUGGUGACUCUUCUACCCAGGAGCAAAUUCUGCCUGAACCUGCAAUUGCCCAAGCCCAAUAAACCCCAGCUCUGUGCGUC